AUGCUAGACAUUGAUUCAAUCCAUACGCACAAAAGCAACAUUUUGGCCUUGGGGGAACUCAAUCAAGAAUGCGGCCUCCUGACUACCAAACCUUCCUCCCACGAAAUUUAUGCACGAAGCAAUUUUUACAGAGGUUCAGGCCGGUGUAACUCUGUGGAGAAGAAAAUCUACAUCCCGCUGAAUAGAACAGCCACCUGUGUCCGUCUCCUGAAUGCCACUCAUCAAAUAGGCUGCCAGUCCUCUAUGUUUGGAGACACCGGGGUCAUUCACGUGGUAGAGAAGGAGUCGGACCUGAAGUGGGUGCUGUCAGAUGGUCGACACUCCCCUUACAUGGUACUGCUGGAUGGAAAGCUUUUUACAGGACCGGUGAUGAUGAAGCUGAAGGGCAGCUCCCGGAUUGCAGGCGUGGCUGUGGCCGUCUCCAAGACCAGCCCGUCGGAAGGUUUUUCUCCUGGUCUUCCGUGUCCCAAUGAUGGCUACG